AGGCAGCACGUGUAUUUUAACCUCAAUUUAACCUGUGGAUAAUUUGUAUAUUAAUAAAAAAUGGGAAAACAAAAGAGACAAAGAAGUAUGCCUCACAAAAAACAUCCUACAGGACUUCUAUCUGUUAAAGAUUUUGAAAUGACAGAAAUUGAAGAUGUUACGAAUGAAGAUCGUGAAAGUGCUUUACAAAGAGUAUAUGAUGAAAUACAGUCCGCUAAUGUCGAAGAAAAAUUAUGUGGAUUGCAAACAGUGGAAUCAAUGUCUUGUGAUUCCACUCUCGCUGUACACAUUACGAAAAAAGGAAUUUCUAAAAUAAUAGGACCACUACUUGUUGAUAAAAAUGUGCUUGUACGAACUUGUAGCGCAAAUGCUCUAAGAUCUAUAGCAGACAACGGAAAAAUGGAAGCGCAUGUAACUUUAUUGAAAGAUGAUAUUAUGACUCCACUAUGUACUCUAUUAAAGCAAUAUUAUUCAAAUUGGCAACCAAAAGUUGAUAAUUAUGAGAAAACCAAAGUAAAUGAUGAAAGAGAAGCAUUUAUCCAAGCAGUUACAUUGUUAUGGACUUUGUGUGAAUAUAAUGAAUCUGCUGUAAAAUGUAGUAAUGAAAAUGAUAUUGAUUCUAUUUUAAUGAAGUAUUUUGAUAUUUCUACUUAUGGUAUAGAAAUUGCUAUUGUUAGUGUGCAAUGUUUAUUAUCUUUAUCAGAAAAUAAUUCUAUUGUUAUUAAGAAACUUAAGAGCUAUGAAGAUAUGCUUGUUCAACUGUUAAAUACAGAAAUAAAGGAUGGUAGUAUUUCUGAUACAAUCCAUUUUAAAACUGUUAUAAGUGGUCUGUUAAUCAAUCUUAGUAAUAAUAUAGAAAAUAAUUCUAUGAAUAUAAUUUGUAAAGUGAUAAAUGUACUUUCUGAUACACUUUCUGUUGAUUCUAAACAGUUAUUAUCCAAUUUAACUUCAAUUUUACCUCAUGAAAAAAAUAAUUUUUCAAGUAUUGCAAAGAAAAAAGUGCAGGAAAAUAGGAGAAUUUUUGGUGCACAGCAACAAGCUUUAGAGAUUUUAGCCAAUUUGUGUUCUGAAGAUGAAGAGAAUGAAAAUGACUCUGAUUUAGAGGAAUCGGAUUGUGAAACUGAAGUUAUAGAUGAUGUUUGCAUGGAUGAUAAAUUAUACAAAACCUUCUCCUCUAUGCCACUAGAAAUAAUUGAAGUAUUUAAUACUUGUAACAUAGUGAAUAAAGUAUGGGAUAAAACUAAAAUUCUAGAUAAAAAUACAAUAGAAAUACUAGAACAAAAUGUUGAAGGAAAAGAUAUCUUAAAGCAAAUUCACACAUUAAAUUGUACAGCCUAUUUGUGUUUAAAUAACUUAAUGUCAAGUUUAGAACUUGAUUCCCUUGGUGGUAUAGAAGAUAUAUAUAGAAUGUGGAUAGACAUUGGAACAGUUGUUUUCAAGGACACAAGUCCAGAUGAUAUAGAAUUAUUAGAAUCUGCUACAGCAGCUAUGAGGGCAGCAAUUCAAAAGUUAUCAGAAGGAAAAGUAAAUAUUUUUGAGCAACUGACACUAGCUGACGUUCAACCGAUGUUAAACGGAGAACGUCAAUGUCCGAAUACCAACGUACGAGUGAAUUUAAUACGAAUAUUAGGAAAUUUGGCUUUGAUUUUAAUGAAUCAUGGUACCUCCAGAGCUCACGAGAUAAUCAAGCAUAUAUCCACAUUCCUAUUAGACACUUGUAUGUCGGAGACAAAAGUUUGGGUUAUGGCUGAAUCUUUAGAUUCAAUAAUGGACAUAUAUUCUGAAGAUAAUAGUAAUGAGUUAGCAAAUGAAAUUAAGUUAUUAGACAGACUACAUACCAUAGUACCAGCUUUUAAAAAUAAGGCAAGACAACAGAGAAAAACCCUAGGUGACAAUGUUGCAGUAGUAUCUACAGUAAAUAUGAAUAUCAUGAGGUUCAUAAGGUACAAAGAAAAAAGGAUAAAAAGUCUUUAG